ACGAAUAUCCAGUUCCGUAUAGGUCCUCUGCACUAAUUUCAAUGGAGCAUUUAGAUGAUGGAAAAGAAUCAUCAAAUAAUGCCAAUGAAGUAGGAGUCACUAAAUUUCCACUCAUUUGUGGCCUUCCAGAUGAUAUUUCUCUUUUGUGCCUGGCAAGAGUUCCUAGAAAAUAUCAUUCAGUCCUAAAGUGUGUCUCAAAGGGAUGGAGGGACUUAGUUUGUAGUGAAGAGUGGCAUUGUUAUCGCCGAAAGCAUAAACUUGAGGAGACCUGGAUCUAUGCUCUGUGCAGAGACAAAUUAGAUCAGAUUUGCUGUUAUGUUUUGGAUCCAACCUCCUCAAGAAAAGGUUGGAAACCAAUUCAUGGGCUUCCACCUCGCAUAUUGAAAAGAAAAGGCAUGGGAUUUGAAGCUUUGGGAUGUAAGCUAUUCUUAUUGGGUGGCUGUGGCUGGUCUGAAGAUGCUACUGAUGAGGUCUAUUCGUACAAUGCUGCCAUUGACUCUUGGGUUAAAGCUGCUUCCUUGUCAACUGCUAGGUGUUACUUUGCUUGUGAAGUUCUGGAUGAAAAACUAUAUGCUAUUGGUGGAAUAGGUUCAAAUUCAAGUGAUCCUCAUUCUUGGGAUACUUUUGACCCUUGGACAAAUGGCUGGACAUCUCAUAGAGAUCCUAAUAUUUUUCCUGACAUUGAAGAUUCAGUAGUCAUGGAUGGCAAGAUAUACAUACGACGCACCAAAUCUCCUGGGACACCUCAUGUGUAUGCUGUUGUAUAUGAACCAUCAAGUGGCACAUGGCAGCAUGCAGAUGCUGACAUGGUUUCGGGAUGGAGGGGUCCCGCGGUUGUUGUCGACGGAAUCCUCUAUGUUUUGGAUCAAAGUUCGGGAACUCGAUUAAUGAUGUGGCAUAAGGAGAGAAGAGAGUGGAUACCUGUUGGAAAGCUGUCACCAUUGCUUACAAGACCACCCUGCAAGCUUGUUGCUGUUGGUAAAAGCAUUUUUGUUGUUGGUAAAGGGCUUAGCACUGUGGUUGUUCAUGUUGGUGAUUUGGGGAAUGGGGGAGGGGUGAUGUUGGGUUCUUCUAUACCCAAAUUAAUUUCUGAUUACAAUGUAAUUAGCUGUAAAUGCUUGGCAAUCUGAAGAAUAAAUUCUUUUUAACAUGUAUUAUUGUGUCAAGAUAAAUACAGUAAUGUUGUAUAGUCCUUCUUUUUUGGGCACAAUGGUGGUUCUCAAAUUUGUAAAUUUGUACUUAUGAAUAAACUACUC